AUGUUCGGAUUAGGAGGUGCCCCACAACCAUCAAGUCAACAAAAAUUAUCUGCUGCCGAAGCCGAAUUAGAUAUGGUUACCGGUAUGUUCAACCAAUUGGUUGAACAAUGUCAUUCUAAAUGUAUUAACAAGGAUUACUACGAAGGUGACGUUAACAAAGCUGAAGCUUUAUGUUUGGACAGAUGUGUUUCUAAAUAUUUCGAAACUAAUGUUAAAGUCGGUGAAGAUAUGCAAAAAUUAGGACAAUCUGGUCAAUUUAUGGGUAGAAAAUAA